GCCCCAGCCCCAGCCCCCGGCCCAGCCACAGCAGGCAGCGGCGAGGGGCGCGAUGGAGGCUCCGCGCCUGGCGCACACCAUGAGCAGCCCCACGAGCCCCUGCGAGGAGGUGAUCAAGAACCUCAGCCUGGAGGCGAUUCAGCUCUGCGAUAGGGACGGGAAUAAAUCACAAGACAGUGGGAUUGCAGAGAUGGAGGAGCUUCCAGUCCCACACAACAUCAAAAUAAGUAACAUCACGUGUGAUUCCUUCAAGAUUUCUUGGGACAUGGAUUCUAAAUCCAAGGAUCGCAUUACUCAUUACUUCAUCGAUCUCAACAAGAAAGAAAACAAGAACUCCAACAAAUUCAAACACAAGGAUGUGCCCACCAAGCUGGUGGCCAAGGCUGUUCCCCUGCCCAUGACGGUGCGCGGGCACUGGUUCCUGAGCCCCAGGACAGAGUACACAGUGGCGGUGCAGACGGCCUCCAAGCAGGUCGAUGGCGAUUACGUCGUGUCCGAGUGGAGCGAAAUCAUCGAGUUUUGCACUGCAGAUUAUUCAAAAGUUCACCUAACACAGCUAUUGGAAAAAGCUGAAGUGAUUGCAGGCCGUAUGCUUAAACUGUCUGUUUUUUAUCGGAAUCAGCACAAAGAAUACUUUGAUUAUAUCAGAGAGCAUCAUGGGAAUGCUAUGCAGCCCUCUGUUAAGGAUAACAGUGGCAGCCACGGCUCUCCAAUCAGUGGGAAGUUGGAAGGCAUCUUCUUUAGCUGCAACACUGAGUUUAACACUGGCAAGCCACCCCAAGAUUCACCCUAUGGAAGAUACAGGUAUGAGAUUGCAGCUGAAAAACUCUUCAACCCAAAUACUAACUUGUACUUUGGAGACUUCUACUGCAUGUACACAGCCUACCACUACGUCAUCCUCGUGAUCGCCCCCGUGGGGUCACCGGGAGAUGAGUUCUGUAAGCAGCGCCUUCCCCAGCUAAACAUAAAAGAUAACAAAUUUCUGACCUGCGAUGAAGAAGACGGGGUCAUGGUUUACCAUCAUGCCCAGGAUGUUAUUUUGGAAGUAAUUUACACUGAUCCUGUGGAUCUCUCCCUUGGCACAGUGGCUGAAAUUACUGGUCACCAACUAAUGAGCUUGUCUACUGCAAAUGCAAAGAAAGAUCCCAGCUGCAAGACCUGCAAUAUCAGUGUUGGACGUUAAAACUGCCCUCGUUCCUUAGGAGCCUUCAAACCUCUGUUGCCCAUUUCCAUAGUCAGACAGUUCUGUCGGAAGCAUGCACAUGCCGCUGUCACCAAAAGCAACUACCAGUCUUCAAAACCUCCAAUAGCCUUCUUAGGAUCUCUUCUCUCCCUCUUUCCCUUCUGUUCCCCAAUGCUUUAAAUGAUUAGAAGUCCUGGAUUUCUUUCUGGCAACCAUUUAUACCUAGAUGCUGCAAAAAUUGUUUCUGUUUCUUGCCAAACAUAACAAAAUCCUAUAUAAACUGCUUUAGCAAAAUAAAAAUAACGGCUUAUAAAUGGUGUUUAAAUAUGCAUUCAUUUUAACUACUGAACAAGUACUGGGAUAACUGAACAGCAUGAAAGGUUGUAAUUGCAGCAUGAUUUGAAUUUCAGAGCCUAGAAAUGUCAGCACUUCCAACGUGUUGUUUGACAGUGUUAUUUAUGUUAUUUAUAUUAGCUAACUGAAAACAGAAACUGUGUCUCGGCAUAAUAAAUAUAAUAGAAAAAUAUUUUAUUUGUACUGUUGUAUAAAAUAUUAUACAAUCAUAUAGAAUAUAUAGAUUACAUUUUAAUAUCAAUUGUAUACAUGUCAUUAAAUCAUUUUCCCUUAUCAAAGAUGUAGUUUGUAAACUUCAAAUAGCUCUGUAUCUGUUCCUGUUGCUCUAGAUGACUUUAAUUAAAACAGAUUUAUGAAGACCAUUUCUGAUUCAUAAAAGUUAAGUUAUAAAUUAUUAAAUCAAUACACUGAAACAACAAACGGCUGCAAAAUAAAAAAUUCCUUUUUUUAGUGUUCAUAUUUUUUCCUCCAUACUACUUGAAGAUGUGUACAUCUUCCAAAUCAUGCCAUUACAUACUAGAUAAAUACAAACAUGGUUGGUACAUAAUAGGCUUUAUAAAAUCAAAAUCUUCUUACCAAGAUAAAAAACAGGUUGCUUGUACUAUGUGGUCAAUACAAAAUGACAGGUAAAGCAAAACACUAAACAUGAUUCAACUGGUUCCAGUCCCUUUUGUUUUUUCUUUAAUUCAUCCCUCCUUUCUGUCUGGGGUAGGAAUUUCCCAGAAUCCCUGCUUUUCAUUGCUAGUACAAAACCUGCUGAUAAUCUUUCUAUUACUAGUCCACUUCUCACACCAAUGGCCUACCAUAAAAGGUGACAAUUCUCCUUAAUUUUACAAAGUGUGGUGCUCUGAAAGUUAAGAAAGAUGCAUAACUCCAAUGGAAAAAUAACUUUUUAUAACCCUAUUUUCAGUAAACAAGAAGUCUAGCAGUCCUCAUCAGAUAACUGUGACACUCACUUAUAUACCAUGUACUUUAUCUAUCCAAAAUAUCUUAGCGUAAUGCAAUAAUCUAGUUCUGGUUUUAUAUAUAUAUGUGACAAUUUAUAACACAAGAAGUACUUCAACAUUUUACAAAGUGCAUGCGUUUAAACGAGCUUUGGUAGUUAGAGAAGCGAAUGUUAUAGCAUCAGGCAAACCAAAGUGCAAAGGUUAAUAGAGAAAUCAAAAUUAGCAUGUAGUUGAUCUAUUUACUGACUUCUAAAUUCUGUGAGCCAGGUCCUGUGAACUAAUGAAAAGGACAGCAGCCAGUACAUUUGUUCCAUCUUCUCUCAGCAACCUGCAGCUGUUUCAUUUUGCCAAGCACUUUCUCUUAUUCCUGUAACACCACUAGUUCCAUUUGGGAGUCUUGUUCUGGCCUUUUCCUGCAUAAGCAGUAUCACUCUGCUCUGCUCCCAGCCCUGGCACUGCUUCUUCCUAUGCACCUUUUUUUGAAGCCAGUGGAAUUGAAUGGCAGCUCUGUCUUCACAGCUAGAGUGUGUUCUGUUUCCUUUACUCACUCAAAUUCUUUUAAUCUUGAAUCAGCACCUUAAUAGCCAACAUUACUAAUUAAUUAUAACACAUGUUAACUCUGGAAACAAACGUGUGGCACUUUAGCAUGUACUAAGGUGUACUAAAAACCUGCAGAACAUUUCCUCACACUUAGAGCAGGUCAAACUGAGAAUCUACAUUACUUCAGCAUCCUUUUAAUUUCUUAACAUUCUCACAGUGCACUUCAAGGCUUUUUCAAAAGGAAAAAUAUAUACUAUAUUCCACUCACCCGUGCUUAAUAUUCUUGCAUAUUGCUGUCCUCUCUCAUCACAGCUAUUAUAAUUGGUAAAGUGCAUCAAAAAUCUCAGUGUGUCAAAUAAUCGUGCAGCAGACCAAGACCUGUAAAAUUACUUUCUCUUUUUCACUACUUGUUUGUUUGCUUGGAUUUUUUUUUUCCUUAGAGAACAAUAUCACAG